UGAUUCUCCAUAUCUACCUUCCAAUCCGUCUUUUCCUCUGUUCCUUUAAGAUAAAAAUGCAUUCAUCCCUUCUUAAAACAAUCCACUAUUAGAGUUUUUAUCCCUUUUCGCCUCCCUGUAUUUGCGUGCCAUCCAAGCACUCCCCUUUUCACCCUUUGCACUCAAAAAGCUAGUCCCAGGAUCACACACAGUCACAGACAGAAAGAGAGAGAAAUAGCUAUUGCUCUGUGGUUGACUGUGUCUUCAUGGGAAUAAGAAUCCACAAAGUGUACUUCAACUGGGAUUCAUCCGAUUCCUUUGUCUCUGCUGAUUCAUAAUCUCCUUAAGCCUCAUAGGGCGUUGCUUUAAGGGAAAAACACAGAAGAAAGAGCCAAUUCGGUGCUGCAGAACUGAAGACAUUUGAGCUAAUUCAAGAGGUUGUACCAACUUGCACCAAAUAAUAUUGCAUGGGUUGGUUUACUAAACUGCUCAAGGGAUCCAACCGUAAAUAUUCAGGAGGAGGAUAUCAUGGGAAAUAUGAAGAGGACAGAUAUUCAGACAAUCAUGAUAAUUCAGCGGAUGAUUUGACGGAAAUUGAGAAAGAAGAAAUUGAUCGGGCAAUAGCACUCUCUCUUUCAGAGGCAGAUCCGAAAGGGAAAAGAGUUAUUGAGGACGACUCUGAAUCUGAAGAUGAUGAACUGUGUCCACUUGACGAUGAGGAAGACAAUCGUGUUGGGGAAGUUCAGCAAGACGAAGAUGACCAUCAUGCUCAAAUUCAACAGGAUGAAGACAAAAAUCUUGAUGAAUUUCAACUUGAGGAAGAUGAACAACUUGCCAGGGCAAUUCAAGAAAGUUUGAGCAUCAGUUCUCCUCCUCGAUCUGACACUGAUUCUUUAUUUCAACCUCUUGCAAACUUAUUCCCACCUGUUUACAGAACUUGUGCUGGUUGCAAUGCCGAGAUUGGCAGUGGAAGAUUUUUGAGUUGCAUGGGAGGUUUUUGGCAUCCCGAAUGUUUUUGUUGUCAUGCUUGCAAACUUCCAAUCACUGAUUAUGAGUUUUCAAUGUCUGGAAAUGGCCGUUAUCAUAAAUCCUGCUAUAAGGAGUUGCAUCAUCCGAAAUGUGAUGUUUGCAAAAACUUUAUCCCACCAAACUCAGGUGGCCUCAUUGAGUAUAGAGCACAUCCUUUCUGGCUACAAAAAUAUUGCCCAUCGCAUGAGCGUGAUGGAACUCCUCGUUGUUGUAGCUGUCAAAGAAUGGAGUCAGUGGAUGCCAAAUAUCUGUUGCUUGAUGAUGGCCGAAAGCUGUGUCUGGAGUGUCUUGACUCAGCUAUCAUGGAUACCCAUGAAUGCCAACCUCUCUAUGUUGAGAUACAAGAAUUUUAUGAAGGUUUACAUAUGAAGAUAGAGCAGCAAAUUCCUAUGCUUUUGGUUGAGAGACAAGCACUGAACGAAGCCAUGGAGGGAGAGAAGAAUGGUCAUCACCACUUACCUGAAACUAGAGGACUUUGCUUGUCUGAAGAGCAAACUGUUCCCACUAUUUUAAGGAGACCAAGGAUAGGGGCAGGAUACCAGCUCAUAGAUAUGAUAACUGAGCCUUUUAGACUGAUCCGUCGAUGCGAUGUGACAGCCAUACUUGUUUUGUAUGGCCUUCCCAGGCUAUUGACUGGAUCAAUCCUGGCUCACGAAAUGAUGCAUGCGUGGCUUAGACUUAAAGGCUAUGGCAAUCUGAGGCCAGAAGUUGAAGAGGGAAUUUGCCAAGUCUUGGCUCAUAUGUGGUUAGAUUCAGAGAUCUAUUCCAGCUCUGGGAAUGAAGGUGCAUUACCAUCAUCAUCGUCUUCUGCUUCUUCCUCAUCCUCCUCCUCACCUUCAUCCUCUUCAUCAUCUAAGAAGGGCAAACGUUCUGACUUUGAGAAGAAACUUGGUGAAUACUUCAAACACCAGAUUGAGUCAGAUAGUUCAUCAGCUUAUGGAGAUGGAUUCAGAGAGGGUAACCAGGCAGUGCUCAAGUAUGGCCUUAAAAGGACCCUUGACCAUAUCCGAAUGACUGGUAGUUUUCCAUAUUGAAAAGCGGUUCAGAGUGAGCAAUUCAUUUUCAUGAAUAAAGUAAGGAAUCUCAACUGUUGAUGAGAAAAUUUAGGAGUUAGUGAUAUAUUAUGCACAAGCAUAUGAUAUCAAUGGUUAUUUUCAUCAAUGAGUGAGACUUCUUACUUUCUCUCUAGAGGAUGGACUCACUUAGAGAAACCAAAUGGAGAAACAUGAUACAAUCUUUUUUCCUCUACAGCAACCGAUAUAUCAGCUUUUUCAUUUAAAUUAAAUAGGAUGCAAAGAUUCAAAAAGUAUAUAAUUUUGACAUUACACCGGACUAAAUAAGGAAUCAAAAAGGCUCCUGUUAGUCUCCGGUUGCCAAAAGUAUAUUUUUUCUCUUUUUC